AUGAGGGCACUUCAACGAAGCGGCAUGGGCGCAGAUGGAGCAUCUCCAGUGCAAAAGACCCCGGCGGCCAAGGCAGUCGCUGGUGCUGUUGAGGAAGUGGGCUUUGGGUUGUAUCAGCUUGUCGCGAGUAUCUCAGUGGGCAUUCGUGCAUUCGAGUUCGGCUUGCAUCGUAGUGGCUAUGCCCUGUGGCUGCAUGGUGCUGAGAUGCUGGUGAUGGGCUCCAUCACUUCUUUGCUUCAUCGACACUGGGAGCUGAAUCCGGCAGUUCGCGGCGGUAUGGUUUCGAUAGUUUUUAUUGGCUUUUCUGUCGGCAACUUCAUUUCAGGCCAGAUCGGCGACCGGUUCGGCCGGCGUACAUCGAUUCUGCUAGCGUAUGCUAUGAUCGCGUUCUUUGGCUUUGCAACGGCGUGUUCGCAGGGGCCUGGCUUCAUGAUCUUUCUUCGCUUCUUCGUUGGGAUAGGUUGUGGAAUCGGCUUUCCUGCCGCUUACUCCCUCAUGCCAGAGGUUGCGCCGUCUGGUUGGAGGAGUAGUCUCAACACGCUCAUGAUCGGCUUCAUGCCGCUGGGUGAGCUCAUUGGUGCUUUGGUGGUUCUGUUUGUUGACCCAGAGCUUGACAACUCUGCUCAUGGUUGCAGCAUGGAUCUGUACUACCCGUCACGUGCACUGAUGCAGCCGGAGCUCUGUGCAUGGAAGACGCUUUGUGAAAUGAGCGCUAUCCCAGCCUUUCUCUUUCUGAUCUUGGCGAGCAAAUUCUUGGACGAGUCGCCGCAAUUUCUCGCAAAUUGCGGUCGAUUUGAAGAGUGCGAGCAGGUCCUCCAACGCAUGGCCAAGUUGAACGGCUCCGAACUAGAUGUCGAGAAGCUCUGUGUCGCGUUCAGUGCGCCAGAUGCCGACGAAGGCGGCGAGCCGAGUCCAACAUCGCCGUCGCGGUCAUAUUCCUUCCGACAUGUUGUGGCAGAGCUGUGUUCUGGCGAUUUUCUCCCUGUGGUGUCCUUUAUGUGCCUGGCUCACGUUGCCAAGGACUUUGGUGUGUUUGGCCUUUCAUACAUGCUUCCUCAGUACUUCGUGUUCCUGAAGAACCUGACGGCAGGCGUGGAGUUGAUGGUAGUAGCGACCUUGGCAAUGCCGGGCGUCGUGCUGACCUACUUGUGCUCCAGAAUUCCAGGAGUCUCUUUGGUGUACUGGAUGUCCGGCUCUGCUAUGCUAUGCAGCUUCUUUGGUGUGGGCAUGCUGACGGCAGCGCCGGAAAGUUCGGCUGCGCCCGCGGCCUACAUGGUCAAGCUGCUCGCAAUGUCAUAUUUCGUCUUCACAGUUUCUUACACAACUGCUGCAUUUCCGGCGCGCAUCCGCCAAACAGCUGUUGGCAUCUGCACUGCAGCCGGCCGCAUGGGAUCAAUCAGCGCCCCCCUCGUCUUCGAGUUGAGCAAAGAAGUCACCGGCAGCUUUGACUUCUUUGUAGGGUGCCUGAUGUCGCUGAUGGCUACAGUGUCAUUACUGGCUCCACUGCUCUUGCCAAAAUGGGGCCAGGAAGAAGAACCGCUAUUGAUUGAGUCUGACGGUGCCAAGGAUUAUGCGUCAUGCAAAAGUUGCUCCCAGGGCCGCCUGGUCAGAGACAUGGCUCAGCGUUGCGACCGCAGUGCAGGGAGAGCCACCGGAGUUCGCAGACUCGCUUUCUGUGGUGCCGUAUGGUUAGCGAGCGAGAGUUUCACGGCUUUCGUUCCAGCAGGGCAUCAGCAGCGGGCUCGCAGUGUGAGAGUCUCCGGAGCCACGCCGGCGGCGCUGCUUCUUGCAACGCUUUCUGCUGAAGCAAGGGCUGACGACUCCGAUGCAGAGGGCUGGAGCUUCAACCCUUUUUACAUCGUGGCCUUCCUGGUGGUUGUGGGAGUCGUCCGCCUCAUCGGAUGGGUCUUUAGCCUGAAGCCCGAAAUGGAUGCAGAUGCGGACGGAUACAGGUCGACCACUUUGCGCGGGAGAGACUCGGAAGAAAACCUUCAGCGAAGGAUUGCGGAAAUGGAAGCCCGCCUUGCGCUCGAGGAAAAGCAAAGACAAGCGUUGAUAGCAGGCAAGGCCACGGCUACAAGAGGGCAAGACGACGUGGAUGACGAUUUGUUCAGUUCCGACUUGGAUGCGCAGCUGCGUGCAGCGCGGAACAGCUAG